AUUGUCCAACUGAUCGCAAAAACAGAGUUUCAAAGGUACAGCUAUCGUGACGUCACUUAUCCGCGGCAGAGUGAGAGAGCGGCGACGAUCGGCUGCGGAGGAUACCGACCCCGCAGCGGGGACGGGACAACCGCCAGGCGAGAUGGCCCCUAUCCCUUUCUUCCUUGCAUCCCGCAUCGCAACGACCCCUUUGCACGCAUGAAGCCUCCGUUGAUGAAGCCAAAACCGGCCAAAGCAAGGCAGAAAAAGGCCACUGAGAGAGAGAAUGUACUGGCGCGUCGGGUUCGCCUGGACGCGAUCGUUUGUGGUUGAUCUUGGACGGAACCAGAGCUUCUCCUUCGGCUUGUGCGGCUCCAAUGAGCAGCUCUCGUUGUAUGGGUACAUCAUCGCCUACCCUCUGCAGGACUACGGGGGGAUCAUGCCGCUCCUUGGGUCUGACUCGUGGUGGCGGAAAACGCUCUAUCUGACCGGGGGCGCUCUGCUUGCCGCCGCUGCCUAUCUACUGCACGAGCUGCUCGCCAUCAGGAAAGAACAGGAGCUGAACUCUAAAGAUACCAUCAUCCUCCACCAGUUCUCCAGGCCAAAGAGUGGUGUCCCAUCUCUCUCCCCCUUCUGCCUCAAGAUAGAGACCUACCUGCGCAUGGUGGACCUGCCCUACCAGAACUACUUUGAUGGGAAGCUGUCUCCCCAGGGGAAGAUGCCAUGGAUAGAGUACAACCAGGAGCAGGUGUCUGGUACAGAGUUUAUCAUCGACUUCCUGGAGGAGAAGCUGGGCGUGAGCCUCAACAAGAACCUCAGUCCCCCGGAGAAGGCUGUGUCCCAGGCUGUAACCAAGAUGGUGGAGGAACACUUCUACUGGACCAUAGCGUACUGUCAGUGGGUGGACAACCUGGAGGAGACCCAGAAGAUGCUGGCAGUGAGUGGGCCACUGAGUGACCUACUCAAGUGGAUCCUGAGUCGCCUGACUGGCAGCAUCGUGAAGAGGGAGAUGUACGGCCACGGGAUUGGACGAUUUACCAGGGAGGAGGUCUACGCUCUAAUGGAGAAGGACAUGCGGACGCUGGCCACCCUACUCGGUGAUAAGAAGUACCUGAUGGGUCCUAAGCUGUCUAUGGUGGAUGCCACUGUGUUCAGCCAUCUAGCCCCUGCCAUGUGGACCCUGCCGGGCACAAGGCCAGAGCAACUCAUCAAAGGCGAGCUGAUUAACCUGGCCAUUUACUGUGAGAGGAUACGCCGGCGCUUCUGGCCCGAGUGGUUCGUUGAUCUGGAGGAUUUCUGUUACGAUGACACCACAGAGGACGACGACUCCCCGUCCAAACUCCAGGACCUGGGGCUCUACUCCCGUACAGACACCUUCCAGGACGAGGCCAGCCCUCCUCAAACACACACAAUCUCACCAGACAGUGACCUCACGGGCCACUCGCUCUGCGACUCGGACAUGGACACAGAGUGCUCUGAGAUGGAGCAGCUCAAGUGUUGACUGCCCUAUGACACACACAAGACACACACACACCGCCUGGAUGGGUCUCGUGCCCCCCCCCCCCCCUCCCCCCAAACACACCGCCCUGUACCUGUUGAGCAGGGAAUAACUACUGGGGUGCAUUUCUGUUGCCAGAGGCUGUUGUUUGUGUUAAUGAGUGAUGGAUUCAGAGAUUCUACACACACAAUGGACUGCAGGAAAUGAAAGCCUGAAUAUAGAUAAAGGAAUAGAGAUAGAGAAGUAGAGAAAAAAACUGAGUAAAAUAGGAAUAGAGAGAAAAACAGCCAAAGAGUGAUAGAAAGAGGUAAAGAUAAACCGAUGGAGAAAAGAGUUGAGAAAAAGAAAGAUCAGGAGUUAAUGACGCCAUCGCUGUGAAACUCCUCUACCUGGGUGACAUCAACGCCUGUUGCCCAGUUUUGCAUUGUCGAGUUGUUGUUACCACGGCAACAACGUGGUGUGUGUUACCUGUGUCCCCCAAUUUGAGAUGCAUUGUGUGUUUGACGUACUGACCCCGUGACUUGCGUCCUUGCAAAAUAUGAAUCAUUCUAUUGAUAUUAUAUUGAUAUGUCAGACACUGUUCAGACAACAUGCAGAUGAGUGCAGUUCCAUAUAAAUAUGUAAUCAGAUCCCAAAUCUGAUUUAAUAUGAGUAUAUAUAGUAUAGAUAGCCUGCUAAUUACAUAUAUGAUCCCAAUGUCAUAUAAUGCAAAUAUGUGGUUCUCCCAUACAACAUCUCAGUGCUUGUUAAAUAUGACCAAACUACCUGGUGACCCCCAACUGACACUUUUCAUCUGCAGUCAGGCCAUUGAAUAUUUCCUCAAUCCUUUUUAGAAUAGUCUGAUGUUAUGGAGGAGUUGCAGAUACUGUAGAUUGGGGACAUCUCAAAAGUCUAAAGUGGCUUCCUUUCCUCAUCUCCUCUCUAUAAUCUGCACAGAUCUGAAAACAUUGGAUAGGUGAAAGCAAUAUGGUGGAUGCCUACAUGUCCAAUUCUUCUUCCACUUGUCCAAUUCUUUCAUAGUAGAUGAAGAAAAGAAGAGGAGGAGAGGAAACUACUGGAGAUCCUUAGUUGUGUGUACUUUUAGCCAUUGAGGGCGGAUGUAACAAUCAUGUAGAAAUAGACUAGAUAGACAUGGAGUUGCAUGGCUGAUAGGUGCCAAUGAAAAUCACACUUUAUCUUGCUGGUUAUCUGUUAUCUACGUUUCUACGCUGGCCUGUCUUAAUGUUUACUGUGAUGCAGUGUGUCUGUGCAUAUGUGUGUACCUCAGGCCAGAGAAAGAGCACAAAGAUGCAAUAGAUGAAAAGAACACUUAGGCUUUUGCUCAGCAUCUCAGUUUUCAUCACAUAUAGCUGGUCUGUCCACCCCACUUUAAGAAGGAAUCUUAUCUAGAAAUAGAAGGAAGAGAAUGGUCAUUGUUGCUUUAAGCAUCAAUUCACUCUGUGCUAAGUAUGAAACCACUACUAUAAUCCACAGUUUUGGUUGCUAGUCUUACUUAAUAGUAGGCUGUGUGGAACAGUGAAACAGUCUAUUCUAAUUAGCCUAUUUCUGGUGUGUGUGUGUGUGUGUGAGUGGUGUGUGUGGGGCGUAGAGUCAUCGUACGUCAUGUGUUGAUUUCGAGGCGUACAACAUACAGGCAUUCAGGCUGGGUGUUCACAGCUGAGCGUGCAGAGUAGUGUACAUAUAUAGACACAGAUACAUAUAUAGAUACACAUAGUUACAGAUACAUAUGUAGACAAAGACACAGAUAUAGACAGAGACACAGAUACAGAUAUAGACACAGUUACAGAUACGGACACAGAUACAGAUAUAGACACAGUUACAGAUACGUACACAGAUACAGAUAUAGACACAGUUACAGAUACGUACACAGAUACAGAUAUAGACACAGUUACAGAUACGGACACAGAUACAGAUAUAGACACAGAUACAGAUAUAGACACAGUUACAGAUACGUACACAGAUAUAGAUACAGAUAUAGACACAGUUACAGAUACGUACACAGAUAUAGACACGGUUACAGAUACAGAUAGUUACGGACACAGAUACAUAUAUAGACACAGACACAGAUAAGGACACAGAUACAAAUAUAGACACAGAUACUGAUAGACACAGAUACAUAUAUAGACACAGAUACUGAUAGACACAGAUACAUAUAUAGACACAGAUUAAAGAUAUAGACACAGACACAGAUACUGAUAGAUACAGAUACAAACACAGAGACAGACACAAAUAUAGACACAGACACAGAUACAUAUAUAGACAAAGACACAGAUACAGAUACGGACACAGAUUAAAGAUAUAGACACAGAUACACAUACUGAUAGAUACAGAUACAGCCACAAACAUAGAGACAGACACAGAUACUGAUACAAAUACAAAUAUAGACACAGAUACAGAUACUGAUAGAUACAUAUACAGCCACAGUUACAGAUACAUACAGUAACAAACACAGAUACAUGUACAUAUACAGAUACUGAUAGAUACAGCCACAGUUACAGAUACAUACAGUAACAAACACAGAUACAUGUACAUAUACAGAUACUGAUAGAUACAGCCACAGUUACAGAUACAUACAGUAACAAACACAGAUACAUGUACAUAUACAGAUACUGAUAGAUACAGCCACAGUUACAGAUACAUACAGUAACAAACACAGAUACAUGUACAUAUACAGAUACUGAUAGAUACAGCCACAGUUACAGAUACAUACAGUAACAAACACAGAUACAUGUACAUAUACAGAUACUGAUAGAUACAGCCACAGUUACAGAUACAUACAGUAACAAACACAGAUACAUGUACAUAUACAGAUACUGAUAGAUACAGCCACAGUUACAGAUACAUACAGUAACAAACACAGAUACAUGUACAUAUACAGAUACUGAUAGAUACAGCCACAGUUACAGAUACAUACAGUAACAAACACAGAUACAUGUACAUAUACAGAUACUGAUAGAUACAGCCACAGUUACAGAUACAUACAGUAACAAACACAGAUACAUGUACAUAUACAGAUACUGAUAGAUACAGCCACAGUUACAGAUACAUACAGUAACAAACACAGAUACAUGUACAUAUACAGAUACUGAUAGAUACAGCCACAGUUACAGAUACAUACAGUAACAAACACAGAUACAUGUACAUAUACAGAUACUGAUAGAUACAGUUACAGAUACAUACAGUAACAAACACAGAUACAUGUACAUAUACAGAUACUGAUAGAUACAGCCACAGUUACAGAUACAUACAGUAACAAACACAGAUACAUGUACAUAUACAGAUACUGAUAGAUACAUAUACAGCCACAGUUACAGAUAGAUACAGUAACAAACACAGAUACAUGUACAUAUACAGAUACUGAUAGAUACACAUGGCCACAUUAGACAUUACAGGGAUCUCAACUUGGCAGGGCUCUCAACUAAUGGCAGCAGAGAAUAGUCGUGAAGUAGUGUGGCUAGAUUGGGUUCUCUAAGGAGGGAGGAGCGGUUAGUAAUGCAAAGAUGAUAAUACUGAUUGUAAUGGUAACGAUGGUGAUGCUGAUGAUGAUUAAGAUCCUCUACAAACCUUAUUGCAACUUUAAUUCUCCUGCACAAUGAAAGUGUCGCCACAUCUGAGUACAAAACAGAGUCCGCCUCCAUAUGGGGUACCAUGGUGUGAAUUUACACAGUGAUACACAAGCCUUUGUGUAUAGAUGAUGUAUACCAGUCUGUCACUGUCUGUGUCACUCCCUAUACCCUGUCUGCAUGUUUCUUGCCUUCACUUAUAAGAGCCAGGGGAGAGACACAGCCUUGGUGUUGGCCGCUUAAGCCAGUGCCAGCAUAUUAUUUAUGUAUUUAUAUGUAGUCUACAUUAUUUAUUUUCUAUUUAUUUGUUUUCUAUUUGUUUUGUGUAUUUAUGGAGGGGAUGGGAUGUUAUGAGGCAUUAUUUUUGCACUAAUGUAAUGUAGCUAUUUAUUUUCUUAUAUAUUUUUGUACGUUUGUUCUAAUACUGCCAAUUAGGUUUUUUGUUCAGAUUCUCUCCUAUUUGAACACGGUAACGAGUUGUGUGUCGUUGUACGUCUAUGUUGUGUGCAGUUGUCUUAUUCUACUGGAACUGGGUUGCCAUUGGUUUGUCAAAACUAUGAUGUAAUCUCAAUUUCAACCGUGGAAUCGUGACAUGUUAAAAUAAUGUUUGAUGAUUAUGAUUUGUUCCAGUAGACGUUCCCUACUACCAAUGGGCAUGCUUAAUGAUGUCCCUUAUCUAGUACACAUCUAUUCUCAAAACAAACCAAAAAUCGAUUGUGUCAUCCUCAUCCUACCAUACCUCAUCGCUUAGCUUUGUGCCAAGUGGAACGUUACCAUUGACAUAGGCUUUCCAGGGUCCUCUUUAGGAUACUAGAUAGAAGUUGCCCAUGGUCACAUAUCUUGGAUCAGCUGUCCCUCCUCUAAUCUAUACCUUAACCAUGAGGGCCAUGCAAAACUGACCUUAGAUCAGUGUCUGUGGCCAACUUUGUUUCACUCCGUUACAGAUAGCAAAGGUCAGGGGUCAGAGUUCAGUCCUAUUGUUUCACUUCCUUGUUGAGAUCUGUGCUAUUAGACUACUAGAGCCAUAUUACAUAGUCAGUCUGUGUUGUGCGUGCUGAAACAUGUGUGGACUCUCAUAGUGUAUACUGGAUAUAGGUGAGCAAAAAAAAGAAAAUGUGUAUAUGAGCUAAAAGAAAAACUCUGUAACAUAAUAGAUAAGAACUUCCUAUGAAUGUAUUACCACUAGAGAUGAGUGGCUGUAUGAAAAAGAAUUACUCCUAAUAUUUCAUUAAAUAUAGCUGUGUUCAUUUUA